UUAAAGGAUAAGAACAUGUCAAUUUUUUCAUGGCAUUCAGAUAUUUCUGGUUGUGUACUAGCUUUGAACAAAACAUAAUUUAUGCAGAGCUGUGUAAAUAUUAUCCAAACAGCGGAAGAAAUCUUGAAAUCGUGAUAUGAAAACCAGCCUGUCAAUAACUGAGGAUUAGAGAGGUACGUGGAACACCUUUCAUGUGCUGGGAGAGCAGAGCGCCCCAUCUAAUCUGAGUGGGAUGUAACAGGCUGCUGGCUCCUCCUCAUCCUCUGACUGCCUCUGCAGACGCCCAGCAGCAGAAGUUUGCAUCUUUGUGCGGGUGAAAUGAUGGCGCUGUUCGUGGACUCGGAGCUCCCUAUGGUCAAGCAGAAGCAGCUGAAGGACCUGGAGGAUUUGAAGAUGCUGUUUGGAGAACAGGAGGCCUGUAAAGAUGGUCGGAGCGAGAGCACCGUGUCCUCUCAGGAGACGGACAGAUGCGUCGCUUUGAUGGAGGGCCAGCGGAAAAGGAAGAGGACCAUCUUUAGCCGAGCCCAGCUGUCUGAGCUGGAGCAGGCCUUUGCGGUGACUCCGUACCCGGACAUCACCCUCAGGGAGAGGCUGGCUGCUCACACACACCUGCCGGAGAGCAAGAUACAGGUUUGGUUCCAAAACAGAAGAGCUAGAAGUAUUAAAACAGGCAGACUCAGUAGGCCCACCAAGUCUGAUGGUGGAGGUCGAGGUAUUCUGGAGUCCUCUCCUGGACGUGGGACCUCCACCCACCCAGCUACAACCACCCUGGCAGAUAUAUUCAGGCAAGAUCAGAGCCACUCCUGUGAGGAGGUGCCUCAGAUUUACUCCGACUGGAUCCAAAUUUAUAGCAACCCGGUGUCCUCCACAUCUCCGUGUUCCUCAUCCCUUCAUCAGCAGCCUGCUCCAAAGCUGCUCCAGAGCUGCUCCAAAGCACCAGAUGGUCACCUCUGGGAGGAAGAUCAGCAGCUGGGGCCGAGAUUCGGCACUUUCAUCUCCGGCUCAUUUCCUCAGCCCAUCAGCAGGCAGGGUCACCACCAUCCCUCCACCUGCUCAUACCAGGCCUUUACGAACUUCAAGCCUCAGAGCCUUGCUCCACCUGUGAACCCUCAGCCCAUAUAUGGAGCCAGCGCUGGAGGUGGAGGUCAUAGUUCAGUGGACCAGGUUGUCCCCUCCCACCCUCAACCAAUGUACUGGGAGGUAGCUCAAGGGCAAGGUCACCGCCAUCAACAACACCACCAUCAUCAUCAUCAUCAUCGUCCACAAAUGGGACCUCAGACUUCCAUGGGAUACAUCUCAGAUCUGAUCUACAACGCAGCCAUUGUCACCAAUUUCCUUGAGUUCUGAUGAUCCAUCAUGAGCAACAUGGACUGAAUGUUGCUAAACUCAAAGUCUCCUUCCUGUGUUGCCAGUGCGGAUUUUAUACCAGACUAGUUCGUUAAAUAGUAUGGUUGUUGCUGCCAGUCAGUCAAUAUUGUAAUUUUAAUGCUGUUAAGUAAUCCAUAUGAAUCAAAUUAGGGCAAGUUAUCCCAUACCUGUGUGUAGUAGCUACUUUUAGAUGUUUGGACGCCAUGUAUUUUUGUUUUUACACAUGUAGUGAUUUAUUAAACCCGGUUUGAUCUUUUCCGAA